AUGAGAUCAACAAAUGCAGCUAUUGAGUUUUUAUUUUUCUUAGCUAAAGGUUUCAUUCUUGGAAGAAUGCUCUAAAGACUUAAUAAAUGUGACUUAAACUUCUUGGAGUACUUUAAAAAGUUCCCUCAUUAUAUUGAAGAGAGAAGAGACUAAAAGAAAAUAGAGUUGGCUCCUUUGGGAGAAGUAUGUCUGCCAGGGUCUAUAUCAGAAUUUGCAUAAUAGCAACAAAUUUAGAAGGAAAAGAAAGAAAACAAUUUUUUUUAAAUCUCAGUUUCAAGCUCAAAAAGAGCAAAAAUUAAUAGAUAUCUGCCUACUGUGAAUUUAAAGCAUUGCAGAUUCAAUAUUUUAAGAAAGGAUCAUCUGCCGAAGAAAAUUUGGACAACCAAUUUAAUAUUAAUAUAUUCUGUAAAGAAUUAAUUGAAAAUUCUUCUGUUAAUAGAAGGAUAUAGAUACCUUUCUCUUUAAAUUAUACUCUAAUGA